GUUUUCAAACUUGAUUUCUCUGAUGCAGCAGAUACUGAUGUUAAUAUAUUUGAGAAGGAGGAGGGGAAAGAUGUUAACAUUCCAGAAAGUCAGGACUACGAUUGGCAGUGGAUUAUUUUAGAUGGUCCGGUGGAUACGUUCUGGGUAGAAAAUCUAAACUCUGUGCUGGAUGAUACCAGAACAUUAUGCCUGGCAAACAGCGAGAGAAUUGCCCUAACUAAUAAAAUACGAGUGAUUUUUGAAGUGGACUGUCUCUCUCAAGCCAGUCCUGCUACUAUCAGCCGAUGCGCAAUGGUCUAUAUGGAUCCUGUUGAUUUGGGAUGGGAGCCUUAUAUGAAGUCAUGGCUUCUGAAAACUUCUAAAAUUAUGAGUCAAACAGGAGUGAGUUGUCUUGAAUUCAUGAUGAAAAAUAGUGUUGCAGAUGGACUACAGUUUAUAAAGAAGUAUCAGAAAUAUCAGCCAUUUCCUGUCCAAGGCAUAACGAUCGUUAUAACUCUGUGCAGAAUUCUUGAUGCUUUCUUUGACUUCAUGGGUAAAAAUGGAGGCUUUGGAAAAUGUGAAGAUUUGAAGGACAUUUCAACUGAGGAGAAAAGUUCUUCACAUUCAAAAGUUUCUGUCAAAUUCAAGAGUAUAAAAAAGAGUGUAAUUGUCCUGUUCAUUGAUGAUCUGAACGUACCGGAACCGGAUACGUCCGGAGCUCAGCCACCCCUGGAACUGAUCAGGCAGUUACUAGAUAUGGGAGGUCUGUACAACACUGAGAAGAACGCUUGGAAGAACAUUCAAGAUCUUUCUCUAGUGGCAGCCUGCGGCCCUGCAGCAGUCAGGAGGCAUGUCAGCCCGCGUCUCCUCAAACACUUUUCUGUCCUGGUGCUGCCUCAUCCUCCACAGAGCGCCCUGCGCGCUAUUUUCCAGGCUCAUUUGGGAAUGUAUUUCUCCAUCAAUAACUUCACAUCCAACGUUCAGAAAAGUAAGGAUCAGAUAAUAUCUUGUUCUCUCGCUGUCUACUAUCAAGUAUGUCAGAACAUGUUGCCAACCCCAGCAAAAUGCCACUACCUCUUUAAUCUCCGAGAUAUCUUUAAGCUCCUCCUGGGACUGCUGCAAGCCGAGAAGGUCGUCGUUAAUUCCAGACAGAUGGCGGCUCUGUUCUUAGUUCACGAAGCCACCCGAGUGUUUCACGAUCGCCUAAUGGAAUAUACCGAAAAAGGGCUUUUCUAUCAACUUCUCUCAAAGGAAAUUGAGACUUAUUUUCAGAUUCAAUGGACCAAAGAAAAACUGAUGAACGACUCAAUUGUAUUUGUGGAUUUCUUGGAUAUAAACAAGCCUCAUAGGAAAAAGAUCUAUCGGAAUACCAAUGACUAUAAUAGACUUGCCAACGUGCUGAAUGAAUUCCAAAAGAAGUUGAGCUCCACGUCUUUGGAGAUUUUUCAUUCCAUGGUGUUCUUCAAGGAAGCCAUAGAACACAUCGCAAGAGCUGCGAGGGUCCUUCGGCAGCCAGGGGGUCACAUGUUACUGAUUGGCAUAGACGGCUGUGGGAAGGAGACCUGUGCUGCUCUGGCCUGUUACCUGACAGAGUGCCAACUAUACCGGGUGCCCACGUCCCACAAUUAUGCCUACAUCGAUUUCAAAGAAGACUUUAAAAGGGCCUUCAUUCAGGCAGGAUUGGAAGGGAACUCCACUGCUCUGAUAGUUGCUAGUUUAAACCCAAAGCAGGAGUCGUUUUUGGAGGAUUUGAACAACAUUCUCAAUUUGAGGAAUAUACUUGACCUGUUUGAAAACGAGGAGCUGGAUUCCAUUGCACUAAGGAUGAGAUCUUUUGCUCAACAGUCUGGUUCCAUUGAUAACAGGCAGUCUCUACUUGCAUUCUUCCAAAAGAGGAUCCAUAAAAAUCUUCAUAUUUUUACGACCAUGAGUCCCGAAGGACCGACCUUUCGCCAGCACUGUAGAGCCUAUCCUUCUAUGAUUACCACCUGCACGAUCGACUGGUAUGAGAAGUGGCCAGAAGAAGCUCUCCUUGCCGUAGCCAAUUCUUUCUUAAGAGAAAAGGUGGAUUUAAAGAACAGAGAGAACUUAAAAGAAAAACUUGCCCCAAUGUGUGUCCAAAUCCACAAAAGUAUAAAAGACUUGAACACAAAAUACUUCCAGGAAAGUAGGCAUUAUUACAUCACUCCCAGUAGCUACUUGCGGUUCCUGGAUACGUUUGCUCACAUUUUGAGGUCACGAGAGAAGGAAAUGCAAACAAAGAGGAAUCAUUUUUAUAUGGGUCUAUCCAAGAUCCUGGAAGCAACCACUCUUGUCACGGAUAUGCAAGAGGAUCUCUUGAUUCUUGGCCCACAGAUAGAACAAAAAACAAAGGAAAAGGAAGCCCUAAUGGAAAAACUGGAGAAAGAUUCACAAGUGGUGGAGAAGGUCCAGAUGCUUGUUAAACAGGAUGAAGAAAUUUUGGCCGAAGAAGUAAGAAUAGUGGAAGAGUAUGCUCAGGAAACUGCCCAUGAAGUAAAAAGCGUGCUGCCGGCUCUAGAAAAGGCGGUCAUGGCUCUGAGCGCCCUGGAUAAAGCGGACAUUGCUGAGCUGAGAGUGUACACGCGGCCUCCCUUCCUCGUGCUGACCGUCAUGAAUGCAGUCUGCAUUCUUCUGCAGAAGAAACCUAACUGGGCUUCAGCGAAGUUGCUUCUUUCAGAAGCUGGUUUCCUGAAAAAACUGGUUAACCUUGACAAGGACAGCAUCCCCGAGAAGGUUUUCACGAAGCUGAAAAAAAUUUUAAUCUUACCUGAUUUCAACCCAAACAAGAUUGCUCUCGUUUCUGUUGCCUGUUGCUCUAUGUGCCAGUGGGUCAUAGCUUUGAAUAACUACCACGAAGUACAGAAGGUGGUGGGCCCUAAGCAAAUCCAAGUAGCUGAAGCUCAAAAUGUCCUUAAAAUUGCACAACAAAGGUUGGCCGAGAAACAAAGAGGUUUGCAGCUGGUUGAAGAACAUCUGCUGUUUUUGCAAGCAGCCUACAAAGACGUAGUUGCUGAAAAACAACUCUUAGCCAACAGAAGAAAACUGGCCACCAAGCGCCUGCAGUGUGCAUCUAUCCUACUAACCACGCUGGAGGAUGAGAAGACUCGAUGGCAAGAAACAAUCAAUCAAAUAGACAAGAAGUUGGAAGGAAUUUUGGGCGACAUACUUAUUUCUGCAGCGUGCAUUGUCUACACUGGAGUGUUAACAGCAGAAUUUCGCCAGUUAAUUGUGAACAAAUGGGAGACUCUUUGCCCUAAAAACAACAUUUAUUUGUCUCCUAACUUUUCCUUAAUUGAAAUUAUGGCACAAAAACAUGAGAUCGGUCGAUGGCAUUCUCAGGGGCUCCCCCUUGGUCAGUAUUCAACCGAGAACGCCAUCCUGAUCAAGAACGGCCUGCAGUGGCCGCUGCUGAUUGACCCGCACAAGCAGGCGCACAACUGGAUCCGGCAGAUGGAAGGGCCCCGGCUACAGGAGCUCUCCAUCAAGGACAGCGGUUACAUCCAAACAAUUGAAAAUGCUAUGAAAACAGGAGGGAGUGUCCUCUUGCAGAAUCUCCCUGAAACAUUAGCUCCAAGUUUGAAGGCAAUUUUGAAGAAGGAUAUCCAUCAGAGAAGAGGACAGUAUUUCAUAAGGGUUGAUGAUUCUGAGAUUGAAUACAAUUCCAAAUUUAGGUUAUACAUAUCUACAGAAAUAGACAACCCCCAUUUUCCUCCGUCUGUGUAUAACUUUGUUACAAUGAUCAACUUCACCGUAACAUUCCAAGGUUUGCAAGAAGAGCUCCUAUCUACCAUAGUAACUCAUGAAGUUCCUUCCUUAGAAAAUCAACGUCUCCAACUAUUGGAGAGUAUUUCCCUCGAUGCUACAACCCUUGAAGAACUAGAGGAAAAAACGUUGAAUGUACUGCAGAACGCACAAGAAUGUGUGUUAGAUGAUGAGGAAAUCGUAGACAUCUUAAGAAAAGCCAAAAUGACUUCAAAUGAAAUUUCAAAGCGCAUCAAAGCAACAGAAAAAGCGGAAAGUCAAAUCCAAGAGAUGCGCAAAAGCUAUCUCCCCAUUGCUACCCGAGGUGCCCUGCUCUACUUCCUGGUGGCCGGGCUCGCCCAGGUCAACUGCAUGUACCAGUUCUCCCUAGACUGGUUUCGCCAAGCGUUCAUUCAAGCAGUAGUCUCCGGAAGAAAAGAACAAGAAGAACCCGGCUCCAAAAGUGAGGCGAUGUCUCUGAAGAAAAUUCGUGAUACUACAAACCUCUCAAAAGAACCAAAGUUAGAAAGUGAGGGAAAUCUCUCCCAGAGACAUCUUAAAAAUUCAAUCGAUGUGUUGACAAGAAGUAUUUUUAAGGUGGUCUCUCCAGCUCUAUUUAACCAACAUAAACUGUGCUUCUCCUUCCGGCUCUGCAUCACAAUCAUGCAAAAUAACGCUAAUGGUGAUGACAUCGGGUCCCUACCGGAUGAAGAAUGGGACCUCUUCCUACAUUCUGGCAUGUUGAUAAAUAUUAAAGGUAUAAUGCCCCAGGUCAAACUUAAUAGCAUGUAUGAGACGUGCGGUGGUGGGCAUCUGCAGUGGGUGUCGGAAUCCCAGUGGAGACAGUGCCGGUAUGUCAGCAGUGAGCUCAAGCCCUUCUCUCUCCUGUGCAAAUCCCUGCUGUACAACGUGCCCCAGUGGGAAACUUUCAAAACCAGCCAGGCUGCCUAUUGCCUGAUGAGCGUCCCUUUCCCUCCAGAAAGUGCCUCAGUGGAGGAGAGUAAGAGAUCACCGAAGGAAACUGAACUUCUGGAUAAAAAGGAAGAAGUACGUAGUCCUGUGAAUUUCCCCUGGGAGAAACUCAGUGCAUUUCAGAGACUUAUUUUGAUAAAAAUUCUUCAACCAGAACAUUUGAAGAAUUCAGUGAAAAUGUUUAUAACUGAAAAAAUGGGAAGUGAAUAUGUUCUCAGAACUGGAAUUAAUUUGAGAGAGUCGUAUAAGGAAUCCAAUGCCAGAACUCCGAUAAUACUUAUUCACUCCCAUGGGACUGACCUCACCAACACUGUCCUGAAAUUGGCACAAGAGUUAAAAGGAGGAACAAGUCACGUGACCAUUAUUUCCCUGGGCUGCAGCCAGGCUGCCAAGGCAGAGGAGCUCAUCAUGAAGGCCCUUCCCAGGGCCGCACAGUGGGUCUUCCUGCAGAACUGUCACCUUGCAACGUCGUUUAUGCCGAGGCUGUGCACAAUCAUCGAGUUAUUUAAUAGCCCAGAUGUGACAAUAGACCCUGAGUUUAGGCUGUGGUUAAGCUCAAAAUCGGACAGUUCUUUCCCAAUUCCAAUUCUUCAGAAGAGUUUGAAGAUCGCAGUGGAAAAUCCCCAGGGACUGAAAAGUAACUUACUACAGACCUUUGGAUAUGGUGGGAGCGGAGAGGUAACAGAAGAGAUACUUGAAAAACCUGACUGUGGACCCUCGUGGAAAAAACUUUUAUUCAGUUUAUGUUUUUUCAAUGCUGUGAUCAAUGAAAGAAAAAAUUAUGGAAUACUGGGCUGGAAUAUUGCUUAUAAAUUUAGUUCUUCGGACUUGGCGGUCUCCAUCAAGAUUUUGGAACAUGCCCUGAGCACACAGUCCAGUAUUUCGUGGCCAACACUGCGCUACCUGAUUGGGGAAGUGAUUUACGGUGGCUGGGUGACCGACACGUGGGACAGGCGAUGUUUGAACACCCUUCUCUACAAAUUUUGUAAUCCUGAAGUGCUGAGAGAGGACUUCAGUUUCUCCAGUGAUGAAAGACGUCAGCCAGUGCCCAAAUCUGCGAGCAUCAGGGACUGCAUACACGUCAUCCAGUCCUUACCUGACGACGACCCUCCAGAGCUCUUAGGGCUGCACCCCGAGGCCAUACGGGGCUGCAGGGAGAUCCAGGGCCAGAAGUUCAUUGACAGCCUCAUCGUCCUGCAACCCAGAGCCACCACUGCAAACCUCAUGAUCAGUCGUGAGCAGAGUAACGAUGAACUGGUGAUGGAAAUUUUAUCCGACAUGAUAAAGCGGCUGCCAAUGUCUGUGGAGAAGGAGGAAUGUUCUGGAACUCCCAGCACCUUGAAGUACAUCAUGUCCAGCCCCAUUUGGGAGUCUCUUUAUAAAGGUAUCCAAGGCUAUGAUCCCCUUAUCCAUUGCGCCUUGCUAUCCUUUCUGAGCCAAGAAAUUGAACGGUUUGAUAAGUUCUUAUUGGUUGUGCAUAAGUCUUUGAAAGACCUUCAACUUGCAAUAAAAGGGGAGAUCAUCCUUACCCAAGAACUGGAAGAAAUAUAUGGCUCUUUCCUUAAUAUGCGAGUACCCAUGCUGUGGCAGAAACAUGCCUACAAGUCCUGUAAGCCCCUGAGUUCCUGGGUUAAUGAUCUCAUCCAGCGAGUGAAUUUCUUCAAUACUUGGGCCAAAAUGGCUUACACUGCAAUACAUCAUCGGUAUAUGAGAUUUGUCACAACCUGGAAGCAUUCCAUUCCAUCACCUACCCAAACCCCCACAUGCCCUGAAGAUGAGCACAGUGAUUUCUCUGAAGGAUUUCCUGCAAAAUACUGGCUCCCAGCUUUCUUCUUUCCACAAGCCUUUCUUACUGCUGUGCUUCAAGACUACGGAAGGUCCCAAGGAAUCUCCACAGACACCCUCACUUUUACCCACCACGUGACCUCGGACACCAGUGACAUCAGAGACGACGAGUUCUCCAUAAUCAUCCAAAAGAAACUCAACAUCGCCAGGAGGGCCUUUAAGGGCACAGACAGCACACACAUGGGAGUUCACAUUUUUGGUUUAUUCAUCGAGGGGGCAAGGUGGAAUCAUGAACAAAAAGUUCUAGAAGACUUGCCGCCUCGUGAGCUGUGCUGUGAUUUUCCGGAAAUCUACUUCUUGCCAACAAAGAUUUCUACUGAAAGAGCAAAUGCUUCUGAGCAGACAGAUUCCAAGCUCUACACGUUCGAAUGCCCCAUCUAUCAGACACCUGAGCGGUCAAGAAUUUUGACAACCACUGGCUUACCCUCGAACUUUCUAACCUCUGUGUAUUUAUCCACGAAGACACCUCCUAGUCACUGGAUCACAAUGCAGGUCGCGCUGCUGUGUGAGAAGAAUGAGAAAUAA